CAUUUGUGCCCUGUCGGUCCCCCGUGGCUCUAGGUUGUGGGAUAUAGGCUGGGGACUUCGUCUUGUCGGUAAAUUUUGCGAGUGUGGUUUUUGGCGGACUUCGAAGCUCUCCGACCGAUUCGUGAAAAUGAAUCCCGCCACGAGAGCAUCGUCGUCCGGCGACGAGCAUUCCGACUACGACAGCGUGCUGACAGAGCCCAUGAGCGACGAGGAAGUUAUGCCCCAGCUCCGAUUUGAUGACCCACCGAACGUCGAGGAUGGCGCUCAGGGCGAUCGGGUUCGCCAGACUUCAGGGGCCAGACUGGCCAUGCAGGUGCAGACGGCGGCCGCACGCGCAGCCGAGGGCAGCGGUACGAACUCUCCACAGCUCGACCCCCUCAGGCAGCUGCAGGUGAACCAACGCCAGCAGCAGGAACUCCUCGCUGCCCCCGAACCAGAGCACGCUCAGCUCGAAGACCACCUCGAGCGCCUGCGUGCGGAACAACUGGAGCUCGAGCAGCGCCGCCAGGAGGAGGCAGCCGCAGCCACCCAGGCCGAGAGGCAGGAGAGGUUCCGCCUGUACCAGCUGCACCGAAUCCAGAUGAUGGCCCAGAGGGAGCGGCAGGUCGCCGCGGAGCAAGAGGGCGGCGUCGGCCACGCCGAGGGUGGCUUGGGGGUGGCACGGUUCUCGUGCAAGGCCUGCCCGGCCAGGUUUACCCACCACAACCUCAUGACCCGCCACUUCAGCGACGAGCAUCCCGUCGAGAAGCCCUUCCCCUGUCCGGACUGCGGCCGCGGCUACGUGAACCGCGACGUGAUGGAGGCCCACUACCUGACGGUGCACCGCGGUGAGCGCCCCUUCCCCUGCGACCAAUGCGACAAGGUGUUUAGCAGGGCCGAGUACCUCAAGACUCACACCAGGGUGCACACGGGCUACAAACCAUAUUCCUGCACUUACUGUCCCCGGCGCUUUGCUUGGAAAGAAUGUGUGGACUACCAUAUCCGCACACAUACCGGCGAAAAGCCCUACCUUUGUGUGUCAUGCAAUCGCGAUUUCCGUGGACGGAGCGCUCUUAAAAUGCAUGAAAUGAUCCACACGGAGAGCUUUCCGUUUCCUUGCACCCAGUGUGAACGGCGUUUCAGAAGGCCGUACGAUCUUCGCGAUCACGUUGGAAUCGCUCACAACCAGGCUGGCCAGGAAGAGGACCCUGCCGAAGUGGAUGAAGUGAGGGAGGAGCGCAAUGUCACAAGAGAGGAACAAGAUGCUGCCAUCGCUGCAUUACUCCCAGCAAAUGAUGAAGUUCUUAUUUUAUAAAUUUUUGGCAGCUUGAUGAAGUUGCAUACUAUUUUCUGUUUUAGGUACUGUUGGUAAAAUUAUUGUGCCUCUGUCAAAUUUCAGUGAGUUUGAACAUUGGCAUUUAUUACUUUUUUGCAGUACAAAAAUAUUUUACUGUAGGUAAGACUUAAAUUUGACUUUCAGUUCUCAUUUUAGACUCUAGUGCAGUUCACUAAACAGAGUUUUUUUUUGUGUGUUUUUUUUAUAUGUAUAUAUUUAAAGUCUGAUGUAUUGUGUUAAUAUUUUAUUUGCCUGACAGUACAGCACUUAUAAAUGGUUGCCAGUAAUUUAGAUUCUCUUAAAUAGUUAAAUGGAGAUAGUUAGAACUUAAUUUUGACCGAUGCAUGACACUUCCCCAAUGAUUCAUUGCAGGUGUUAAAUUGCCGUCACUUAAUGUGUAGUUCUUUAAAUUAGGUCACUUUCUAGUCCUGUUUUGAGCUACUACUUUAGACUUUGUGGUUUAGUGGUAAGUUCUGUCGAGGAACACAGGUGGUCCAUUUUUGAAAACUGUUUUUCAUCCUUGUUUUAUAAAAUUUGAUUCCUUAGCUGAACUCAGUUCUUUGUAAGUACAUAAAUGAAGUUUUAUUAAGGACUCCUUAACUUUAUUGUGUAAAGUUAAUUGGUAACCCAUAAGUAUAAUUAACUUUUAAUGAUGUACACUGCACUCAUUUGUUGUUACCUUGGUGUAUCAAUACUAAUAAAUGUGUGAAUGUUUUAAAAACGUAAUAAAUUGAACUGUUUUAA